AUGGCGGCCCGAGAACCUCAGUUCAACCAACAGGUCCUGGUGGACACCACGCCCAUGCCGGCGGACAUUCCCAGUGUCCAGGAAGUCGGCGCGACCUCGGCACCCCUGACUAGUGCGGCGUACUUUAUCGGCGACAGGUGCAAGGCCUUCAAUGAUGACUACAUGAAGUGCAAGCAGGAGGCCAAUGGAAGGGGGGAGUUCGAUUGUCUGAAGGAGGGACGGAAGGUGACGAGAUGUGCUGCUUCUGUUAUCAAAGAUAUCAACACCCACUGCCUGAAACAAUUCACCGCGCACUGGGAGUGUCUUGAGAACAACAACCACCAUCUGUGGGAGUGCCGGAAGCCCGAGAUGGAGCUGAAUAAGUGUGUCUUUGACAAGCUGGGCCUCAAGAAGACGAUCCCCGGCGCCCCCGAGGGCCAGACCCCGGUUCAUCUGCGUCCCAAGCAGAUUUAUGCUCAGUUCCCUGGUCCUCAGUAUUAG